GCUGAGCACGCUGGCGGUGGAGACGCUGGCCGUCAUGUUCAGAGAGACGGAGGUGGAACCGGCCCGACUCAGCCUGCUGUCUGCCAAAAAAGGCGCUCUGGCCUCCAGGAUGCUGCUGGCUGUGAUUUGUGAUCCGGAGCUUCAGACUCGGAGACCUGCGGCCGACUGUGAGCUGCAGGCCUUACUGUCGGAGUACCUGGACGCCGCCUGCUCUCUGCUCUCUGAGAUGCUGCUGUUAGGACUCGAGGCCAGCAGGUCUUCCUCCGCUGACAACUUCCUGACUGUCGGUUGGAUCGUGCGAGUCCUGCAGCUUCAUCCCGACACGCCGGCCUUCGUGGGUCACCAGGUCCAGCAGGUGGUUCUGGUCCUGUCGGACCUGCAGGAGUCCUACCUGAGUCCGCCUCAGUCGGUGCUGCUGUUCCAGCGCUGUCGCCUCCUGCUGGCCUGCCUGCAGCACAGCAGCCAGCUGGCUCAGCAUCUCCGCGCAAACUUCAGAGAGGAGUUCAG